ACAUACUUUUUCGCUCUCUCUGUAGUGUUUUGUAGCGCGAGAGAGAGAGAGAGAGAGAGAGAAAGAGAGAACGUGCGACUGCGAGAAGUGCGAGUGCACCGCUCUAUGCCCUGUGUCGUGAACGUGCUGCUCGAAGUGAGCAAGAAUCUCUCUCGAGUCUCGGCCGCGUUAAUCUUAAGACAUAACUAGGAAAUCGGGGCGCAUUCACGCUCACCCUUGUGUAUAUGGCUUCAGUUGAGGAGCUAGAUCAUCAGGUCGACAGCGGCAUGGGUAGUAGCGACGCGCGCUCUCCCGAGGUGAAGUCGCUCCUCCCUGACGACGAGGACGAUGACGAGGAGGAUGAGAGCUUAACAGAGAGAUUAUUAGGACUUACUGAAAUGUUCCCUGAGCCAGUACGUAACUUUGGAUGCAAUGUUGGAACCUGUCUAUACACAUGUAUCAAAGGUCUAUAUGCAUAUUCGUGUUCAGCCACAUGGCUAGUCUUCAGUUCGUCCACAAUUCUUUUCGCGCCGAUUAUCUUUGAGAUGGAACGCGCACAGAUGGAAGACCUGCAACGUACGCAGCAGAAGCAAGUCCUCUUAGGUCCUAACACAGCUCUGUCCGGCGUUAACACCACGGGUCUUCCAAUGGCACCGCCCGUUCAGCGAUAGGCCAUUAUAUUACAAAUUUACAUGUGCAUGCAUACAAGGACACGUACAGAAAUGCCCAACCCCAACCAAAAAAAAAAUAAAUUACUCGAGUUUCCCACUCAUUUAUUAGCGCAGCUCCGUACGUCACCAAGAUUUUUAUGCAAAUCGUGAACAAAUGAUUUCUAUUGAAUGAGAACUUGCGUGAAUCAAGCGCACGUAAUUGUCUCUUUAAUUAGAGUAACUCUUACAGAGUUGCGCGAUGAAAAAAUUUAGAGUAAAUAUAAAUUUGGAUUGCUCAAUGGAAGAACAUUGAAUGCUACAUUUGUCGGUCUAGUCUACCCUCUACACUCACACAUACUUACACACAUGUGUUGUUCUUUUUGGUAAUUUUUUACUAAAAGCCAACAUAUAUUGUGGUAUCACAUUUUAUUAUUAAAUACGUUGCGGUAGCGGCGGUGAUAGCGCUUCGUUUGACAAAAAAGAAAUGACCCCGUCAUUCUGUUCGCUUCUUGAAUAAAUGAUUGAGAGAAAAAUUGAGCAUGCAAUUAUUUGUUAGAUACGUUGCCGAAAACGCGGUAGUCGUAUCGCGAGUGUUAUUACCUUUAAUAUAUUUCAUCUGUUACAUUGUAAUUUCGAAAGAACAAAUAAAAGACAUAGUGAAAUAGUGUCUUUAAUCGCAUCGUGUCAUGUCAAUCUUUCGUCAUGUAAUAUUUCUGUAAAAUUAAUAAAUAAAAGAGCCUUAUA